AUGCUGCGGCAGCUGUCAGUGCAGUCCGGGCAGGCCCCCGGGGAGCCGGGUCCGGAGCUGGGCGAGGAGCUGUGGGAACAGGAGAUGGACCGGCUGUGCUCGUCCCGGGAGCCGCUGCGGGCCCUGCCCUACGCCAUGGUGGACAAGCGCUUCAUCAGGCAGCUGCGGGAGCCCAAGGGGGUGAAGACCUCGUGCUGGCAGCGGUGGCAGCGCAGGCAGCAGAUGGCAGGCCGACGUCUGGGGGAGGCGGCGCAGCAGCUGGCCCGGGGCUUUGGGCUCUGGGAGGGGGCUCUCUACGAAAUAGGGGGCCUCUUCGGCACAGGAAUCCAGUCCUACUUCACCUUCCUUCGCUUCCUGCUGCUACUUAACCUGCUGACCCUACUGCUGACCACCAGCUUGGUGCUGCUGCCCCUGGCCUGGCUCAGCCCUCCCGGCCCAGGCCCCGCCCUUAACUUGACCCUCCAGUGCCCUGGUGGCCACCAGCCCCAGACUGGCAUUCCAAAGUUCCAUAAUCAGCUUUGGAAUGUUUUAACUGGCAAGGCCUUCAACAACACCUACCUCUUCUAUGGCGCAUACCGGGCAGGGCCGGAGAGCAGCUCAGCAUACAGCAUCCGCCUGGCCUACCUCCUUAGCCCACUGGCCUGCCUGCUCCUCUGCUUCUGUGGGACUCUGCGGCGGAUGAUGAAGGGGCUGCCACGGAAGCCAUUCCUGGGCCAAGACUACAGGGUGCCCCUCAGCUCCAAGGUCUUCUCCUCCUGGGACUUCUGCAUCCGCGUGCAGGAAGCGGCCAUUAUCAAGAAGCAUGAGAUCAGCAACGAGUUCAAGCAGGUCAAGGAGAAGUGGCACCUGGUGGAGGACCUGUCGCGGCUGCUGCCGGAGCCAGGCCCAAGCAAAUCUCCGGGGCUCGACCCCCCUCACUCCCGAGCUUCGCGCCCGCGGUCCUUCUGCCCCGGAUUCCCGUGCCCAGGCUCCCCGGGCCCCAGGUCCCCCCGCCCGGGACCCUCCCUCGUUGAUUCCCCCGGGAUGCUCUCCCCGGGUCCCGGACCGCACGGAGCCCCGGUCCCCGCCUGCAGAUUCCGCUUCCCCAGCGGCACGGAGCUGUAGCACCGGCCCCUGUCUCCGCCGGUAGCCUCCUCAGGGCCCGACCCGCAGCCCCCCUGGUGACAGCCGCCCCUCUCGGUUGCUCCCGGGCCUCUGGCGGCGGUGCCCCAAAAUGGGCACACACUCUCAGGAGCCCCGGAAAGAACAUAGGGGAAUUUCUAUCUAUAUUUUUAUCUUAUCCUUUUAAAUUUUCUAUUUUUC